AUGUUACAAUUUAAACUGGUUCUUUUGGGCGACUCGUCCGUGGGCAAAUCAUCGAUCGUUCAUCGGUUUGUCAAAGACUCUUUCGAUGAGUUUCGAGAGAGCACGAUCGGAGCAGCGUUUCUGUCACAGACGUUGAAGCUGGAGAAACAUGAGGAUGUGACGAUUAAGUUUGAAAUCUGGGACACAGCUGGCCAAGAACGAUACAAGUCUUUGGCUCCAAUGUACUAUCGAAAUGCCAAUGCAGCAUUGGUGGUUUAUGAUGUGACACAACCUGGCUCUCUGGUAAAAGCACAAAGUUGGGUUGAGGAAUUAAAGCACAAGGUUGGAGACCAAGAUCUCGUCAUAUGCCUUGUGGGCAAUAAGCUCGAUUUGUGCGAAGACAACGAUACAAGCCGUGAGGUGGCUGUGGAAGACGCUCAGAUAUACGCAAAGGAACAAAAACUGUUGUUCCACGAGGUUAGUGCCAAAACAGGCGCGGGUGUGGCCCAAAUAUUCCAAGAAAUCGGCGAAAAAGUUUACGAACGCAAAACUGCCGAGUCUGCUGCGUCCACAGCUGAUAAUUCCCGUAAAACCUUGAAUGUGGAACUUCAGAGGCCCUCCACAAACGACAGCACCUCUUGUUGUGUCUAG